GAGCCCUCUACAGGGACGUCAUGCAGGAGAACUACGAGACGGUGACCUCGCUGGGAUUCCCCCUUCCCAAACCUGAACUGAUUGUCCGGCUGGAACGAGGAGAAGAGCCUUGGUUGCCUGAUCUCCAGACCUGCAAGGAAAGAAGGCUUCUGAGAUGCCCCCAUACAGCAGGUGCUGAGCAAGGGAGUGAGACCAAGGAGGGAAAUCAUCAUGAGGAAGCUUCUGGGGAAGUGGAACCGGUGGGGACCUUUGUGGGAAGAGCUGAAGGGAAUUUUUCCCAGUGCUUCAAACUCGAAGAAGCCUGUGGAAAUUGGCACAGGUCAGAGAGGCUGCUGGGAAACCACCCAGGGAAGAAAGUGGAUGAAUCUAUUAAUGGUGCGGGAGGAGAGGAGGAUCCCAGAGCGCAGCAGACAAAUCCGAAGGAAGAGACACCCUGGCACUACCUUCAAUGUGGGAAAGGAUUCAUUGUGACACAUCAGACAAUGGUUACAGGAGAGAAACCCCUUCAAUGCUUGGACCGUGGGGAAAGCUUCAAUAUGCUCUCAGAUCUUAAUAACCACAGGAAAAGCCACAGUGGAGAAAAACCCUCUCAAUCCCUCGAGUGCGGGAAAUGUUUCAUUUCCAAGACACAAAUAAUUGGACAUCAGUUAAGCCACACAGGAGAGAGACCCCAAAAGUGCUUGGAGUGUGGGAAAAGUUUCAUACAAAGGUCACACCUUGUUCAACAUCAGAGAAUCCACACAGGAGAGAGACCCCACAAGUGCUUGGACUGUGGGAAAUGUUUCACAGAGAGGUCAGCCCUUGUUCAACAUCAGAGAAUCCACACAGGAGAGAGACCCCACAAGUGCUUGGACUGUGGGAAAUGUUUCACAGAGAGGUCAGCCCUUGUUCAACAUCAGGCAAUCCACACAGGAGAGAGACCCCACAAGUGCUUGGAGUGUGGGAAAAGUUUCCUAAGAAGGUCAAACCUUGUUGAACAUCAGGCAAUCCACACAGGAGAGAGACCUCACAAAUGCUUGGACUGUGGGAAAGGUUACAUACAAAGGUCAGCUCUUGUUAAACAUCAGGCAAUCCACACAGGAGAGAGACCCCAUAAGUGUUUGGACUGUGGGAAAAAUUUCAUACAGAGGUCACACCUUGUUCAACAUCAGGCAAUCCACACAGGAGAGAGACCCCACAAGUGCUUGGAGUGUGGGGAAUGUUUCACAGAGAGGUCAAACCUUGUUAAACAUCGGGCACUCCACACAGGAGAGAGACCCCACAAGUGCUUGGACUGUGGGAAAAGUUUCCUAAGAAGGUCACACCUUGUUCAACAUCAGGCAAUCCACACAGGAGAGAGACCCCACAAAUGCUUGGACUGUGGGAAAGGUUACAUACAAAGGUCAGCUCUUGUUAAACAUCAGGCGAAAUCCACACAGGAGAGACUCCAGCGGUGCUUGGACUGCCGGAAAAGUUUCAUAUGGAGGUCUGAUCUCAUUAAACAUGGAAGAAUCCACCCAGGAUCUAAACUUCUGUGACACAUGAAGGCAAGAAGAUGACUUGAAAGGCAGCAGGGGCCGUGGAGUGGAGAGGACGGAGCAAGGCUGGAAGGAAAUCCAGCCUGGGUACUCAGAACUGUGAACUGCCUGCAACAGCAGGUGGGGUGCAAUAACCUCCUUGCCUCACGUUUUCCUUAAAUUGAUAAAAUUUAGGAUUUAAAAUGCAUUGUAUAGACUCAGACUCUAAGGUCAGAAGGGACCAUUAUGAUCAUCUAGUCUGACCACCUGGACAACGCAGGCCACAGAAUCCUACCCAUCCACUUCUAUAACAAACCCCUAACCUAUGUCUGAGUUAUUGAAGUCCUCAAAUUGUGGCUUGAAGACCUCAAGCUGCAGAGAAUCCUCCAGCAAGUGACUCAUGCCCCACGCUGCAGAGGAAGGCGAAAAACCUCCAAGGCUUCUGCCAAUGUGCCCUAGAUUAAAAUUUCUUUCCCACCCCAAAUAUGGCGAUCAGUUAAACCCUGAGCAUGUGGGCAAGACUCACCCACCAGCACCCAGGAAAGAAUUCUCUGCAGUAACUCAGAUCCCGUCCCAUCUAAUAUCCCAU